UACGGGAAAAGGGGAGAAAGAAAGAGGGGAUGAUUGAAACCCCUCCCAUUCUCAUCCUUCCCAAACCCUCCUCCGCAACCGCGCUCAAACGGGCAUUGGCACGCUCCGCGGAUGCCUCUACUGCACCAGGGAGGAGCAGUCCUCCGCCAGCGCGGUUGAAAAGCCGAGCCUCUGCACGAAAGGUUGGGUUUUGGUAGUGAUCGAACGACGAGUAGGAAGCGGAGCCGACGGUGGAAGGGGAGGAGGAGGCAAAAAAGAGGGUUGGAAGCGGAGAAGAACCGACGGUGGAGCGGAAGGAGGAGACGGAGGAGAGGGUUGGAAUUCUCAUCCCGGCGCCACAACGAGGAGUCGGAGUGUCGGGAGAUGGAGGAUCUCAGCAUCCGCAACUCGUUGCCUUCCUAAAGUCAUCUUUGCGGAAGUCGGAAUCGGAGACUCUGGAGAAAAUUUUCAUCUCGAGGGAGGAAACCCUCAAGGCCGAGAUGGAGAGCAAGUUCUCGGAAGACUUGAUCGCGAAGGAAGUCGAGAAAACGGAAGGGGAAAGAAAAAUCCAUAGCCUCGAAAGAGAAUUGGGUGCUCUCAGAAGCCGGUGCUCCGAGCUGGAAGGGCAAACCAAGAAAGUAGAGGGUUUUCAUGUCCAGAAGGAGAAGUCGGAGCUGGAGAAUCAGAUAGCUCGAUUAAAAGAAGAUUUUAGGGUUGUGAGCGAGAGAGAGCACAGAGCUCAAGAAAGGAUCAUGAGUUUGUUAGUUCUUCAGAAGAAGUGUAACGAAGUUGAUGUCUGGAAGAGGAAGUGUGCAGAGUUGGAAGCACGGGUGUCGCGGCUGGAGGAAGAAAACUCGAGUCUGAGAGGAAUUAAGCAAGAUAAAUUCCAAGCUGCUUCUGUUGGAAAGCCUGUAUUAGGAGUAGUUAUCGAAAUAAGUGACAGCGAAGAGGAAAAGAUUGGUAAAGAUCAGGGUGCAGAGGAACAUGCAAAGACGGGAAGUUUUGAUUUCAAGACUGAACUAAGUCCUAAAAAGAGUUCUAACAUGAUGCAUUUCGACCAAAGAAAUAUUUACGGAGUGGAAGAUGAUGGCGAGGGACAUGCCGAGAAUUCUCUGCCAACUCCAACGCCCAAAAGAAAGCGUGCUGUGAGAGUAGUUACUAGUGACAGUGAGAGCGAUGACAAUGAUGAUAAUAUUCCAAUUGCCAAACUAAAGAUGAGAUUUGGGGCCAUGGCGCAGGGUAUUAAACAACAAUGUGAUGCUAUCCAAGAGGCUGUAACCCCUUCUAGGAGGCGUUUAGUUCCACUAAGAGUGCGUGACAAAAGAGAUGCUGGGGCAAAAGAAAGCUCUUCUGGAGAUCUAGCAGCUCAGAGAGUAACUCCUGAUAAGAAGGACAAGAUUUCGGGGAAUAGGGGAAUUGCAUGCCGCAAACUUGGAUACUCAGACAUUGAAGAUGACAAAGAGGAUGAAUCAUAUGAUGGCAGAUCAGAGAGUGAGGGUGGAAGUCUGGGUGGAUUCAUAGUAAGUGGAUCUGAUAGUCUGGAAGCUGAAUCUAAUUCUGAUGACUUUUCUUCUGAAGAGCAAGCACCAAGUAGUGAUGUAGACCUUGAUGAUGUUUUGUCUAAUAUCCGCCGGGAAAGGAAUGCCAAACAAUGGGAAUAUGAAGCAGAUAUGUUAGCCUCAUUUGGAAAAGACUAUCAGCUCUGCAUGAAAGCUGUUUGUGCUAUUUAUCGACAACAAACAUUAGAAGAGAAGUCAAUAAAGGAGACAAUUUUACUGAACAGCCGGGGGUUUAACACAAUUGAUGCAAAGAGGGGAUCUUUGAUGGCAGAGUUUCUUUUGGAUGGUGAUCCACAUGGGCCACUCAAGAAGUCUGCCCAGGAAUUAGAGAGGUAUGAUCCCCAGGGGCUUGACUACUGCUACAAAUUGGCCACACGUUACUCCAAGCAGCUUUUCACGAUCUAUCAGAACAAAGAGGAUCCUUACUUCCUGCCAUCCUAACACCGCUAGUUGUCGCUGCUGUUUAAUGCCAGCAUAGACUUUUUGAGACCUUAUCAUUCGUGCUCAACCUUUUUGUUCCAUAUCCAUGUUUAUAUGUACAGUCAAGCAUAUUAUGAUAGGAACAGCCUUGCCUUUUUCUAAAACUAAUAGUUGUUGUAACUCUACUAAUAUGCUAUAGAAGUUAGACAUGAUGCGCAGCAGCUUAUUUUCAUAGAUAAAUGUGAAAUUUGGAAUGAAGCAGCAAUGCCAGUACUUUGCUGGUGAGAUCUCUGAUCAA